AGGCUCUUCUGGACCUUCUCUCUUACUUUUCUGAGCAUGGGAACCAGAUAAUUAAGCUGCAGCAUGGAAGGCAAAGGACCUUAUCGUAUCUAUGACCCCGGCGGGGGAACACAGGAGGAAGCAGCUGCUGCCUUUGAACGGCUGGUGGAGGAAAAUACCAGGCUGAGGGAAAAGAUGCAAGGGAUAAAGUCACUAGGUAACGGGGAACUACUGGAAGAGUCUCAGUUGGAAGCAUCGAGACUACGGAAGAAGGUGGAGAGCUUAGUGAACGACAAUGAAAUGCUGAGAUCGACUUCCUCUCUGGACAAACAUGCUGAAAGAGCAGGAGGCAGCCCAGAUUGUUGCUCUUCUCCAGUAGUUCCAGGAGAAGAUCUGAAGGAGCUGGAGGAAGGCACGCAGAAACCACACUCCAGUGGGUCGUCAUCUGAAUUUGAAAUUGUUGGUGCUGAAGAUAAGAAAUCUUCCCAGGAGAGCAGCAAGAAAUCGGACGUAGAGCCCUUUCACAACGAGGAAGGCAACCUCAUGCUCCAGCUUCAACGUCUGGAGAACACUCUCAGCCUCUUUGCUGAGGAGUCAGAUAAGAACCAGCUCUUUUCCCACCUGGGUCGGAUGGCCCUGGAAUUCAACCGUUUGUCGUCCAAGGUGCACAAGAAUGAACAGAGGACAUCCAUUCUUCAGGUCCGAGGGCUUCUGGCAUUGUGUGAGCAGUUGCAGAAUGAGAAUGAAGAGUUGAGAGCCAAGCUGGAGAAGGAACUGGAGCAAAGGAACCAAGCUUCAGAGAAGUUGAGGUGUGAGAAUCUGGAGCUAAGGAAGAUGGUGAUGAUGGGCAGCAAAGAAGAAAUGAAGAGGGAAGGCACGGAAAAUGCAGGACAGCAGCAGAAAGGAAUUGUUUUGGAGAAAGCAGGAGGAAAACUCUCUUUGGGGACGAGCGAGAAGAAAGUGAAAAUACUGGAGCACCAACGCAAUGAGCUGCUGGAAGUGAAUAAGCAGUGGGACCAUCAUUUCCGGUUAAUGAAGCAGCAAUAUGAGCAGAAGAUAACAGAGCUACGGCAAAAGCUUGCCGACUCCCAGAAAGCAGUCGUGGAGUUAGAGGCCGAGAGGGAGCAGAAACAGCGGGACUUUGAUCGUAAGCUUCUCUUGGCGAAAUCCAAGAUUGAAGAGGAGGAGGCAGAAAAGGAGAGGUACAGUGCAGAAGUGAAAGACCUCAGACAGCAGGUGAAGUUACUGCAGGAUCAGCUGGUUCCAGUCGCCAGGCAAAAGGAGUUCCAGAAGGAGAUUGUUCGGCUAAACAAGGCUUUAGAGGAGGCUCUGAACGUCCAAGCCUCUGCCCUUUCUGCCUCCAAGGGCCCAGUUGAAUCCAGUCUGGAUAUCCGACAGCAGGAGGUGAUGACCCAGAAUGAGCUCCUGAAGCAGCAGGUAAAGAUCUUUGAGGAGGACUUCCAGCGGGAACGGAGUGACAGGGAGAGGAUGAAUGAGGAGAAGGAAGAGCUGAAGCAGCAGCUGGAGAAGCUUCAGAAGCAGUUAACACACACCAGCAACCAGUUGCGGAUCUCUAAAGAGGAUUGCCAGAAGGAGAAGGAGGAGAAGGACAAGGUGAAGAAACUGCUCAAGCAGUACAAGCAGCAUUCUGGCGACAGACUGCACCCAGAGCCACAGCCCGGACCAGUGGCCCCAGCCUACCCCAUGUACCAGUUCCCAUGUAUCCCUCCAGUCCCACCACAUGUGUACCAUGGCUACGAGGACUGGCAACAGAUCCGCUACCCACCGUCAACAAUGGCAAACGAGCGCCCUCCCGUUCAGAAUUUCCACCGUUUCCCUCCUCCGGAAUACACUUGGGGUCCACCACCAUGCGUCAUUUCACAAAAUCAGAAUUCACAAGCAGUGGACGGUGCAAAACAGCUCCCCAAGGAAUCUGAUCCCACAGGACUGCCCAAAACCCAAAGGCCUACUUAACUCUCUGGCGAUGGGAGGUGGCAUCAGAAGUAGACUUGCAACAUGAAUGUGAACCUGCAUUUACAGAUGGCCUCCUUGUGUUUCUGGACAUAGAU